UGACUCGUGCCAGGGCUUCUCUUCUCUCGAAUGCGAUCGCUUUCUUGUCUACCACCACUACCCCCGAGCAACGCUUCGCCCAACAGCACAGCAAGUUGGGCCAAAUGGUAACGCCGCUUUCGGUGCAAGCAUUGAUCAAGAUGUGAACGCACCUGCCCCUCAUCGGUUGUUACUGCCGCGUUGAUCCCCUUGUUCGCCGUUUGACAUAAACACCGCCCUCUUCACCGACACAGCGAACACUACCUCUGCGAUCUGGCUACAAGUGCGAAUAGACACAAGAACCGCAAUAUUUUCAUUAUCCAUCUCGCAUCCACUGCGGGGUCUACUUCACCCAGACACCAGUCGACUAACGUGCGUGCUGCUCAGCAAGAACAAGAUGGCUCCCGACCUUAAUUUGUUUCCCGUGUCUCCACGCCCGACGCCUACAAGCGCUCCCUCGAACACGCAGCCUGCGUCUGGCUCUGCUUCUCGCCAGAGCUCUACGCCAGUCUCGCGUCGAGCGUCGCUGAUACACGCCAUGAGUCCUCCGCCGCUGCCUCUUGCUUCACCUGGAGGCACUCUUCCGCCUGUGCAGUCUGGGUCUCAGCAGUCACAUCCGUUCCCGCCCUUGAGCCCCAGCAUGAACGGAUAUGUAGACGCCGCGGGUGUGCCAAUGCGUCACCCACGUCCAAUGACACCAGCAGAGAUGUAUCACGAGUUAGAGAAGGAGCAAGAGGCAGUAGUCAACCGGCUGACGCGUGAACUCUCGGCCCUUCGCACGCAGACUGCCUCGGUUGCAUCGACAGUCUCCUCAACCGCAGAUGCUACAGAUCAAUCCACCGCCCACACUGGGCCUAUGACUGGCUCGACACACCCCACGUCCUCACGCCACCACCGCAGCUCCUCGAGCGUCUCACGCAGCGGCAUGCCACCUGGUGUCUAUCCGCACCGGUACUCCGUCUCCUCUCAAUCUACGACGGGUGACGCGACGCAUAGAGAUCCAGCCAGAAGCGCGAGCCACGUCACGACGCCACGCUAUGAGGAGGUCGCACAACACAGGGCUGACAUGGAGGAAGUCAAGAGGGAGAACGAGCUGCUGAAGCAGAAGAUCAUCGACUUGGAGCGCAUGAUCAAAGCAAAAGAGGCAGAGGACCAGCGGGGUAGGAGCGGCGCACGGCCAGCGCAGAACGAUGUCGUUGGCAACACUCCUCAAUGAGGCAGUGGUCAAGGCGGAAUUGGUGAAGCAUACCACUGCCGAGGCGCGGCAUAUCACAUGGGACCUACAGGGAACACACCAUGCAAGAUAGAGUCGCACAUGGAGUUGGGCAUCUCCACAUCGACGGUUCAGACAAUGGUUUCUCAACAAUAGACGAAUACAGCGAUGGCGUCACGGUACAGUCUCUCGAUAAGGUACGGGAUUAGGGCUUAGCGAAUGGAAGACAUAGGGCUUAGUCCU